AUGGAAUCCGACAGACGGCGCCUGGUAAGACGGUUAGAGAGAAAAGAGCAGAACAAGAAACAACUGCCCUCUUCCCUACGAGGUUUGGAAUGCCAGACAAGAAAAGGGAGCAUACAAUCCGAGAAGCGAGUGUGGGCAGUCAUUGACAGUGUCCUAAAGGAGCAAGACGAUCAGUUAGAACUCGAUGACUUCAAUUGCAAACGAAUUGCUUUCGCUUCUCAGUCUAACUCUACAGAAAGCGUACUUUUGGCACUUCGUGCUGCAAUUGGCGAUCAACUAGCUGCCUUCACUGUGUACCGUGAAUGGGCUUCGGACAACCGAGCCAUUUUCGAAGCUUCAGCUGAAGGCAAGCGAUCUUGCAGAUGGAGCAGCGAGUGA